GUAGAUUAGUGCAAGUCGAUUGAAUAGCUGUAGACUUCCUUGGAAGUAGAUCUGGAUUAGUUGAAUCGUCAAAGAGAGCAGAAACCAUGCGACCACUGUUUGUCGCCACCCUGGCCCUGCUUGUGGCAGCGGCCUUCGCCGGCGUCCCGCGGUCCGCUACGUCCAGCCGCAACGUGCCCACCAGCCGUAAGAUCAUGGAGCACAUGAUCACCCGGGGAUUGGUCCAGAACGCACCGAAGCCCACCGCCACCUCACCCAAUCCGGCCAUCGUGAUCGAGAACUUCUUCACGACCCGCAUUGAUCACUUCAACGCGCAGAACACGGACGAGUGGACGCUGCGCUACCUGGCCGUCACCGAUUGGUACCAGCCGGGGGGACCGAUUCUGAUCUGGCUCGGCGGCUACAUGCCCAUCCAGCCGUACAUGGUCGACGAAUCGUCGCUGAUCUACGACAUGGCCCGCGAGAUGCACGGAGCGGUGUAUGCUUUCGAGACUCGAUACUUCGGACAGAGCUGGAUCACCGAGGAUGUGAGCACGGAGAACCUCCGCUUCCUGAACGCCGAUCAGGUCCUGGCUGACCUGGCCGAGUUUGUCGCCUACCUGAAGCGUGACGUUCUGCGUAACGAGUACGCCCACGUGCUGGUGUCCGGAGUAGGCUACGGUGGAUCUCUGGCCACGUGGUUCCGAGUGCGUUACCCACACCUGUCGGAUGCGGCUUGGUCUUCCAGUGGAGUGCACAACGCCCUGGUUGACUUCCAGGAGUUCGCUGAGGAUUGGGGCCAAACGCUGAUCGACUUCGGAAGCCAGGAGUGCUACAACGAGAUCUUCGUGGCGUUCAACGUGAUGCAGAACCUCAUCGAUGCCGGACGGGAGGAUAUCCUGUACGAGAGACUGGACCUGUGCGACGAGAUCGACACCGAAGAUCGUCUGGAAGUGUCGUUCUUCUUCCUGACCAUGAUGAGCUCGGUUGAGUUCAGCACUCUGUCAACUGGAAACUUGACGGCCUUCGCCGACGUGUGCAACGACAUCACCGGAGUCGACAUGCCAACCGCGCUGGACGCCUUCGCCGACUGGUUCAACAACAAGCUGCACGCCGACGAUGACUGUGCCGAGGCGGAUCCGGAAGUGUUCAUCGACUGGCUGCGCGAGGACGACUGGGAGUCUGAGUGGGUCCAGAAGGGCGCCCGUCAGCUGUUCUACCAGGAGUGCACCGAGCUGGGACUGUUCAUGACCACCGAUUCGGACCUGCAGCCGUUCGGCAACCGCGUCGGGCUGGACAUGUGGACGGAUCUGUGCCAGGAGGUGUUUGGUGAAUGGAUCACGUUCGAGUCGAUCUACUACGCGACCCAGCGGUCCAACAACCGCUUUGGAGCGCUGAACCCGCGUGUAAACUUCAUCCACUUUACCAACGGAGCGGAGAAUCCCAUCCGAAGGGUCGCCAUCUUGAACGACCUGAACCCGGAGGCGUUGUCCGAUGUUAUCCCGAACGAGAUGUUCGGUUCCGACACGAGAUACAUCAGCGUGAACGAUUCCGAGGAGCUGCAGGCCGUCAAGCGCCGGCUGAAGGCGCUGCUGAGCUACUACCUGUUCCCGCACGGACCCAGGGAAACUCCAGUUGAGAAUUGACACAGCUUGUGAGAGUUCGUAAAGGUAUGCUUCAAUAAAGCAAAUAAAACCAUUA